GUCCCGUUGAAAAGCGGCCGGGACCGUGGUAGGCGGGACUUCCGGUUUCCCCAUUUUCUACCCAGCUUUUGGCGAGGUCCGUAACGCCAGCUCAUGUACUGAGUUCUCGGAGGGAGCCUCCCUCUGCGCGUGCUCCGGACAUGUCCACUCUGGCCGCUGCCAGCUAUGACUCCGACUCCUCGGAAAAGGCGGUGGAGAAGAAGCCGCUGAAGCCGUGCUGUGCAUGCCCGGAGACGAAGAAAGCCCGGGAUGCCUGCAUCAUUGAGAAAGGAGAAGAACACUGUGGACAUCUAAUUGAAGCUCACAAGGAGUGUAUGAGAGCCCUGGGAUUCAAAAUAUGAAUGAAAGAAGUAGAGUAUGGAUGGUUGUCCGACAUUGGAAGAAUAGUUCCUAAGGAAUGAAUGGGAUUAAAUUAUUUGGGGGCUUCUUUGAAGAAUAAAAUUCUUAUAUGUGUGAAUACUUA